AGUAUGUGAGGAGCCGGCGAGGGCCAGGGCCGGUCAUGGGGAGCUGCCGCUGCUGCCGCCGCCUCCGCAAACGCUGCUUUCUCCACAGCAGGGCUGCGACCUCUCCCUGCGAAGGGGGCGAGCCCAGUUGCUGAGGCGAAGAGGAUGGCGGACCCUCUGAGGAGGACGCUGUCCAGGCUCCGGGAGAGGAGGGGUCCCCGUAGCGCCGGGGGGCACGGGUUCCGAGUAGCCGCUGCAGCUGCGGUGGCGGCCUCCUCCGCAACCCGGGGAGACACCUGGCGUGCCCGAGACUGCCCCUCACGCGAGCACGCCGGCGCGGCGGGGCCAAGCCUGGAGCAGCCCCCGCCGUCACCUGAGGCGCGCGGCCCCGGAGGGUGCCCGGAGCAGUCGCGGGCGCUUGGGCCUCGGCCGCGCGGCGGGCAGGCGGUCUCUCUCCCGGGUCGCGGGCUCGCUCCCGCCUCUCUGCAAGGAGCACUGAGCUCCGAAGGCAGCGGAGAGGAGGAGGAUGACGACGCCGACUACAACGCCGACUACUACGAGAACCUGCCCGGCGGCUCGCAACCCGCGGCCGCGCCAGCGCCUGAGGGGGCGGAGGCGGAGCGGCGGCCCCCGCCUCCCCCGGCGGCGGGCUCCUCCUCGGGGGCGGAGGGCGGCAGCCUGGAGACGGGCAGGCUGCAGACCCAGUUGCGAGAGGCCUAUUAUCUGCUGAUCCAGGCCAUGCACGACCUGCCCCCUGACUCAGGCACGCGGCGGGGCGGCAGGGGCUUGGCGGAUCGCGGCUGCCUCGCGGGAGCCGGGGCUCCUGGCCAGCUACUCUUGCCCCGCGGCACUGCGGAAAGCGGAGUCUGCCUCGGAGACUGGGAGCGGGGAGGUGGCGACUGCUCUCGGCAACAGGUGUCCCCGCCCUGGUCGCCUCCAAGGGAGUCGGAGGGAGGCCGGCCUCGGACUCCUCGAAUGAGACUGCCCUGCAGCAGAAGCCUUGAGAGCCUCCGAGUGGUCUCCAAGCCUCCUCCCUUCCGGCGGUGGCCGAGCGACAGCUGGAUCAGGUGCGGCACGCUCGGGGACCUGGACGAGUCCCCGCCACGUGGAGGCGGGAUGGACGGCUGGAGCGGGGGCAGCGCCGGGGCGGCAGCGUCCGCUGGACCCUUGCCUCCAGGCACUAAGGACCCCGGCAGCUCCUCGGAAAGUCCUUUCAGGGAUCCUGCGGGGCCUUCUAUGAUCCGCAGUAGCCAAGAAGACCGCCAGGAAGGCCCCCCAACCCUCAAACCGCCCACAGUCACAGUCAAGAAGCUGCAGAAGUGGAUGUACAAAGGUCGCUUGCUGUCCCUGGGAAUGAAGGGUCGCGUCCGUGGGACACCCCCUAAAGUCUCGGGAGUGCAGGCUGCAUCUCCUGACCUGGGCUCUUUGAAAGUGCGUGAGAACCCCAUCCUCUCGGUGCCUCCAGAUAGGAGAAUUACACUGACAGAUUUAUUUGAAAAUGUCUAUGGGUCUUCAGUGAAGAGAAGAGAAUCUGAGGAUCUGAAGGAUAAUAUUGAAUUCAGAGGUCAAAAGCCACUUAACAGUAUUACUGUUUCAAAGAAACGUAAUUGGUUAUAUCAGAGUCCUCUGAGAUCUCUUAAUCUGGAAGAAGAAAAUAGGAAAUGCCAAGAUAGGAGUCAUUUAUCUCUCUCACCUGUGUCUCUUCCUAAACAUCAGCUGUCACAUCCUUUCCUCAAAGAAGAAUACUGUACAUACAUGGUGUGUAAUGCUACAAACUCAUUAUCAAGAAACUGCUCUUCAGACUUUAACGAGGAAAAUGAUGCAGAUGAUGAAGGAGAAAUAUGGUACAAUCCCAUUCCUGAGGAUGAUGACCUUGAGAUAUCAGGUGCCUUGAGUUUCCGUGAGUCAAACCCUGCUCUUCUGAAGUUACCUGCUGUCAGUUUGAGCAUAUUGUCUGGGAGUGACCCAAUGAAAAUAGAGCAGCCUACUGAAGAUCUGUUGUGCUCUUCUGAACACAAAGGUGAUACUGAGACAUCUCAGUCAAAUGAAAUUAAUCCUAUAGAUUACAUCCAUUCCACAGAAUGUAUGCAGCAGUACAAGCAAAGGCUAGGACCUAAGACACAAGAAGGUUUAAUGGUGGAGGAUAGUCCCAUAUUGAAAUCUCCUUCUGCAGGUAAAGGUCCUGGAAUCUUAGCUGCUACUAGUAGGACUGAAUUGGGAUUUAUGGAACCAUCCUCUCCAAGCCCUAGCCCUGUGAAAAAAGGAAGUUCAAUUAAUUGGUCCUUGCCAGAUAAAAUAAAAUCUCCACGAACUGUGAGGAAACUUUCCAUGAAAAUGAAAAGAUUGCCAGAAUUUAGCCGAAAGCUAGGUGUUAAGGGAACUCUGAAUUAUGUAAACAGUUCAGAUAAUACUCCUUCCUUGUCUAAAUAUAACUGUCGAGAAAUUCAUCAUACAGUUAUUUUACCUUCUGGAAACACUACCACAGCUGCUAAGAGGAAUGUCAUAAGCCGGUACCAUCUUGAUACCACUGUAUCUUCUCAGCACAGCUACCAGAAGAAAACUUCCAAGAGUUUGAAGUAUUCCUGCAAAGGUGGCUACCUCAGUGAUGGAGACUCACCUGAACUUAUAACUAAAUCUAGCAAACAUGGAUCUGAAAGCAAAUUUGGAAAAGGAAAAGAAAUAAUUCCAAACAGUUGUAGUAAAAAUGAAAUAGACAUAGAUGCUUUUAGGCAUUAUAAUUUUUCUGAUCAACCCAAAUGUUCACAGUAUAUAUCUGGGCUCAUGAGUGUGCAUUUCUAUGGUGCUGAGGAUUUAAAACCACCACGGAUAGAUUCAAAAGAUGUCUUUUGUGCAAUUCAGGUAGAUUCAGUGAACAAAGCAAGAACAGCUUUGCUCACGUGUCGGACAACAUUUUUAGACAUGGAUCACACUUUCAACAUAGAAAUUGAAAAUGCACAACAUUUAAAACUAGUAGUAUUUAGUUGGGAGCCCACUCCAAGAAAAAAUAAAGUGUGUUGUCAUGGAACUGUUGUUCUCCCCACCUUAUUCAGAGUGACAAAGACACAUCAGUUGGCUGUCAAACUUGAACCUAGAGGUCUUAUAUAUGUGAAAGUGACUCUUAUGGAACAGUGGGAAAAUUCUCUUCACGGACUAGAUAAAAAUCGAGAAUCAGUAAUAUUUGGUGUUGACAUUCAAAAAGUUGUAGAAAAAGAAAAUGUAGGAUUGAUGGUGCCACUCCUGAUACAGAAAUGUAUUAUGGAAAUUGAAAAGAGAGGCUGUCAGGUAGUGGGCCUGUAUCGAUUAUGUGGUUCAGCAGCAGUCAAGAAAGAACUUCGAGAGGCUUUUGAGCGGGAUAGCAAAGCUGUUGGUCUGUGUGAAAACGAGUACCCAGAUAUAAAUGUAAUAACAGGUGUUCUUAAGGAUUAUUUAAGAGAACUUCCUUCUCCUUUGAUAACAAAGCAGCUUUAUGAGGCUGUAUUAGAUGCAAUGGUAAAAAGUCCUUUGAAAAUGUCAUCAAGUGGUUGUGAAAAUGACCCAGGUGAUUCUAAGUUCACUGUUGACCUGUUGAAUUGUCUGCCAGGUGUUGAGAAGGCAACCCUAAAGAUGUUGUUGGAUCAUUUGAAAUUGGUGGCUUCUCAUCAUGAAGUGAAUAAGAUGACCUGCCAGAAUUUGGCUGUGUGCUUUGGACCAGUAUUAUUAAGUCAGAGGCAAGAGACUUCCACCCAUAACAACAGAGUCUUUACUGACUCAGAAGAACUUGCAAGUGCUUUGAAUUUUAAAAAACAUAUUGAAGUUCUUCAUUACUUACUCCAACUCUGGCCAGUGCAACGUUUAGCUGUCAAAGAAUCAACAGACAAUUUGUUCCCAGAGCAGUUCUCUUCUCUGAAUUAUUUGAGGCGGAAGAAAGAACGACCUCACAUGUUAAAUUUGAAUAGUAUUGAUUCAUCAGGAGUACUUAGACCAAGGCAGACCAGAUUAGACAGUCCACUUAGCAAUCGUUAUGCAGGAGACUGGAGCAGUUGUGGAGAAAACUACUUUUUAAAUAUAAAAGAAAAUUUAAAUGAUGUGGAUUAUGAUGAUGUACCUUCAGAAGAUAGAGAAAAUGGAGAAGAUUAUAGCAAAAUGGAUGGACCAGAAAUAAUGAUUGAACAACCAAUUCCUAUGUCCAAAGAGUGCACAUUCCAGACAUACUUGACAAUGCAGACAAUUGAGUCUACAGUGGAUCGAAAAGUUAAUCUCAAAGAUCUACAAGAAAGCAUUGAUACUCUGAUUGGCAAUCUGGAACGUGAGCUCAACAAAAACAAGCUUAAUAUGAGUGUUUAAGAUUAAAAGGUUUGGUUCAGUUUUUAAUAAUAUCUUAAAGUUUCAGAUCAGUUCUUUUCAUGUUCUUAUACCUCACAGUGUUGUUUUUAAAUUUUUUUUUACUCCUAAAACCUUUGAAUAAUAUCUAAUAAGUUCAUGUGAGUCAAUUAAAUACAAUUAAUAUAAUUUUUGCUUAUCUCUUUAGAACAUUUUUCUGGAGAUAAAGAUAAUUUGGAUUUUUUUGGAUUUUUAAUAAACCUUGUCAGUUAUACAGAGGUAACUUUCAAAUGCACUUAUAAAAUUCACGUAGGUUAUUAGCUCUUCAAGGUUUUUGUAUUGUAUAGGAAUUACUCCUCUGUAGUUGGCAGAUGUUCCUUUUAGAGGAACAUUGCAGCUGCUCAGUCUGAUUUGCAGUAAGAAUCCUUGUACACUGCAACAUCAUCUAUUCACAUUUCAUUUGCAAUGCAAAUGCUGCUAUAAGAAAACCUUUAUAAAUAAAAGUAAAAUUAUACAAAUAUUAAUGUAUCUGUAUUAACAUUCAGUAAUUAUUUAAGUUUAUAAAAAUAUUUUUAUAAUCCUGAAAAUAUGUAUAUAUCUAUAAGAACUUAUAUGUGUAGGUAUUAGAUUGGGAGAAGUGGUUGACUGUAGAAUCACAUAUAUUUUUUAAGAUACAUAUGUUGUGAGGCCAAAAUUAUUAGCUAAAAAAUGUCUUUCAGGGAAAGGACAUUUAAGUUCUUAAAGGAGGUGUUACAUAAAAACACUUGAAUUAAAACACUCUAGAAGCACCUGAAAUAGGAAUAAUAGACUUUCCUUUUUUGAUUCAUAGACAGUCACAAUAUCCUUUGUGAAAAGUCAUGUUUUAAAUUGAAAUCCUUCAGCUUCUUGAGGGAUUAAGUGCUCAGAUUUCUGCAUUAGUGACAAAUUAAGAAAAAUCUUCACUUAUUCUGUGCAUUUUUGUAUUCUAUAAUGUUUUAAGUAUUUAUUUGUAAUAAUACUCUUAUAAUGUUGACUUUCUAAUUAUCCCCAUUUGUUUCUAAUGAAACUAUCUUGCUACCAUACUAUGUUAUUGAUUUUUAGAAGUUAACUUAUUUUAGUUAAGUGUGUCUAUAAACCAGUUUUAUAGUAAUCAUAGUAGUGUUUGAAAUGCUGAUUUAGAAGGCUUUUAAAAAUUAAAUUGGAAUGUAUUUUUUAAACUUUUAUACCUACAGAAUGUAUAAUUUUAGAUUUAUAAAUAAAAUUUUAAUUUUCAGCUUUAAGAUUUAAUAGCCAUUAAAAACUGGCUUCCUAAUGUUUUUUUAAAUAUUAAAGUAUUUAACUAUCCCUAUGCAAUGUACAUUGGUAAGUGAACACUUUGUUGUUUACUUUGAAAUUCCACUAAAAAAGAUAACUAUUUUUUUAUGAAAUUUUCAUUUUUUUAAAGCUUUGUAUAGCAGUUUUAAAUACCAAAAGAAUAUGCGACAGGUAUAUGUCAUGAAUAAACAGAAGAAAAUACUUCGAAAUGUUUUGCAGGGAGGCUCUGUUUUCUUCCUUUUGUUUGCUAUAUCAUGUAUAUUUAUAAAUUGGUCUAUUGUAUGAACUGAAUAAGUUUUAGAAAUGUAAAAAUUUUAUUAAAAUAUUAUAACCCUAGUGUCAUUCUUUUAAUUAUCAUAAUGAUUUUAAUGAUGACCUAUUUUAAUAUUAUUCUUAAAGGCAUUAUCCAUAAGUAUAUAUAAUGACAUUUAUUUGUCUAAAAUUGAAUUUUCUAGAACCUGAAAUACUUUAAGGUAUUAUUUCAUUUUGGAUGAGAAUAGUUUUAAAGUUAAUCUGUCACCUUAAAUGGAGAAUUCUCAACUUUUUUUGUUGUCUAAGUCUCUGAGUCAUGACUAUAAACUUAUUUUGUUGUCUCUUUUGCUUGUAGAAGUGCCAAAUAAGCUUACAUGCCUUUACUUUAAAUCUUUUUUAUGUGUUUAUAUUUGCUUUUUGUAAUUUCCUGGAAUCUGCCUAUACAUACUGUUGACCAUCAUUCCUUUCUGAGCCUACUGGCUCCAAUAUUUUUGAGGAUUAAAAACAAUUUUAACUUUAGUGCAUGUACCUGAGUAAAAAUUUUAAACAAUUCAGACAGAUAGAAAAUAAAAAGUAUAGAAGUGUUCCUCCCUACUAUUCUCACCAGUCCCUUUCUCAGAGCUAACAGCAUGUUUGUUGCCACUGUUCCUUGAUUUAUCAUUUAACAGUUGUCUGUUGAUUGUCUGCUGUGAUGAUAAGCAGUUUAUCUUUAUUCCUUCUUAUUAUUAGUUAUGUUUUUGGUUCUUUUUUCGUUUCCUUUAUAACUUUAGUAAUCUUUAUUUCUCCAUCCAUCAAUUUUAUACGGUCUUAUGACUCCCUACCGAUUGAGGAAAUGGUCAACUGUGGCGUUCUUUCUAACUCAUUAUUACUGUUAGUUGAUAUAAUCAAUAUUAAUAGAUGUUUAUUA